AUGGAUGGCAUAAUCAUGUUGCUUGUAACCAAUGUAGCAAGAGCUUUGCCAAUAUGUGUAUCGAAAGAUGAAUGCAAAUCCGGUAUAUGGUGUGGUGAUGGAAGUGGAGGAACGUGUUUUCAUUUUUCUUGUCAAAUAUAUAUGGAUUGUAGGAAACUUGUUCGUUGCAAUACACCAGGGCCUAAUUGUAUGAAGGCCUACCACUAUGCCGGUCACAAUCGAUGUCUCCAUCCGUGUGUACCUAAUAAGGUUUAA